CUUUGAGUUGUGAAGGCUUUCAUUGCUUUGACGACACAUUUGAUUGCAUUUUAAUAAUGAGUUUAAUUAGAAAUCAAUUGAAAAUGUAUGAAAUAUUUUAACGCAAAUUGCUUUACAAUACAAACCAUUCAUUAAUAAACACUUUGUUUGCAUUCAAUUGCUUUCAAUUGAUGCCCAAAAUGAGUGCAAAUCAGGAGAAACAAACGGACGCCACGGAAGACGACGACUUUGGCGACUUCGAGGGCCCAGAAGACGACGCCCCGGAAUCGGUUCAGGCGAUGGCCGCUCCACCCAAUUGGGUGUUUCCCGGUUGGUGUCCAUCACGAGCACCGCUAUUAUCAGCCAUUGUUUGUCUC